CUGACGGCGUCUCCCGCCAUGGGUCCAGCUUCCCUGCCUGCUUGCCUGACGGUGCUGUGGUGGGGGUGGGUCUUUGCCCCCCCUGGCCAAGCCAUCCUGCCCCCAGACCUGAGCAUGACCCAGCUGAGCCAGAUGUUCCAGGAGUUUAUGAUACAGUUCAACAAGACCUACCAGAGCCAAGAAGAGAGGCACCAUCGCUUCAGCGUCUUCGCGCAGAACCUGGAAAUGAGCCGCGCACUGCAGGCCUCGGAGUUGGGGACGGCUACUUACGGGGUCACCAAGUUCAGCGACCUGACAGAAGGCGAGUUCGCCCUGAUGUUGGGGGCCUCCCCCCGCUCCUCACCGCCCCCCAGGCAGAAGCAGGGACGAAUACCCCGGAGGGGCCCACGCCCACACUCCUGCGACUGGAGGAAACAUGGCGCCAUUACAGCAGUGAAGAACCAAAUGAAGUGUAACUCCGGCUGGGCUUUUGCCGCUGUGUCCAACAUUGAGGCUUUGUGGAACAUCCACCAUCGUGCACCGCGGAACCUGUCAGUCCAAGAGGUGGUCGACUGCAUACGCUUUGGGCAAGGAUGCAAAGUAGGCUACGCAUGGGAUGCAUUCCAGACUGUCGUGGAGGAACGUGGCCUAAUAAAAGAUACAAUCUACCGCACAUAUGACGGCCAAGAGCACCGUUGCGCAAGGUGGGACGGAGCAGCAGUUGCCUGGAUCACAGACUAUGAAAUGCUGUCCAGGAAUGAGACGAUUAUAGCCAACGUUGUUGCUUCUCACGGCCCUGUAACUGCCGCCCUUUAUGCGAAACCCCUUCAGCAUUACCAGAAUGGCAUUGUAAAGAGGGAAGAGUGUAAAGGGAACCCCUGGCCAAACCAUGUCGUGCUCAUUGUGGGCUACGGAGAAGCUUUCCAUGGCAACAGGUUUGCAAACGGAGCCGCAGCUGAGCAGUGCCCAGGAAGCGUGGCCAGUGAUAAAUGGCUGACAGUGGGGCGCGCUAACGAAGAGGAAACCGAGCCCCGUUUGCACGCCAAACAUGUGCUUUUCAUCUGA